AUGUCGGAAUUCAAAGAAUACGGCUACGGCUACUCGAACGACAACAAGAAGGCUGAAGACUACACCACCACCGAAGUCCUCGCCGCGGACGACAUUGACGUUGAGUCCCCCGGCAUCGACGACGUCCCCCACGACGACGACGGCCUGGAGGAUAAGUACAAGCUCAAGCGGGGGCUCAAGAGUCGACACAUGCAGCUUAUCGGAAUUGGGAGUGCGAUUGGUACCGGUUUAUUCCUGGGUACUGCGCCUGCGUUGGCGGAUGGAGGACCCCUGGGGUUGCUGCUUGGGUAUGCUCUUAUGGGAGCUGUCUGUGUCUGUCUCAUGGUAUCAGUCGGAGAGAUGAUAGCCUUCUACCCGGUUCCCGGGGGUCACAUCAGGCUCGCUGAACGUUUCGUUGAUCCUGCUCUGGCAUUCACAAUGGGAUACAACAUGGUCGUCUCUAGCUUUGUCAGUCUUCCCAGUGAGCUUUCAGCUGGUGCCGUCUUGAUCAACAUGUGGAACACCGACAUCUCCAACGGCGUUUGGAUUACCUGCGGCUUGCUCCUGGUGAUCGCCUUGAACUUGUUUGGCCCCGGCGUAUACGGUGAGGCAGAGUUCUGGUUCUGUUCCAUCAAAGUGCUCUGUGUUCUAGGCCUCAUGCUCCUCGGCAUCAUCCUCACCGCUGGCGGCGGUCCCAACGGCGAAGUCAUCGGGUUCAAGUACUGGAAAGAUCCCGGAGCUUUCGUCCAGUACGAAGGCAUCUCUGGAUCGUUAGGAGCCUUUCUUGGAUGGUGGGCUGUACUGCUUCGUGCUGGGUAUGCAUACCUCGGCACUGAAGGUGUCGCCCUCGCUGCGGGAGAGGCGAGAAACCCUCGAAGGACGGUGCCUAGAGCGAUCAAGACUGUCUACGUCCGAAUCAUCUUCUUCUACAUCGUCACAGUAUUCCUCAUUGGCAUGGUCAUCCCUUCCAACGACUCCAACCUCUCGCUAUCCUCCGGUAACGCCCUCUCAGCGCCAUUCGUCAUUGCCAUCCGCCGUGCCGGUAUCCCCGCUCUGCCGAGUAUCGUCAACGCCUGUCUCCUCACCUCUGCAUGGUCAGCCGGCUCGGCGGGCGUGUACACGUCUUCGCGAAGUAUGUACGGUCUGGCAAAACUUGGCAUUGCUCCCAAGAUCUGGAUGCGUACGAACAGAUACGGUACGCCUUGGGUCGGCGUGCUCACUGUCGGACUGUUUGGCGGGUUGUCGUAUAUGACUUUGGACGGUACCGCCUCAGAAGUGUUCAACUACUUUACAAACUUGACCAGUGCUUGUGGUCUGCUCACUUGGUGGGGAAUGUCCUUUACAUAUAUCCGCUUCAACUCUGGUCUUCGCGCCCAAGGUAUCAGCCGUAGCAGCCUCCCCUACGCACCUAUCAUCAACUACCGCGCCCUCGCCGCGUGGUUUUCCCUCUUCUGGUGCUCCCUCAUCCUCUUCUUCUCCGGCUGGUCCAACUUUCUCAAGAUCGACGGGGAGAGCAACUGGAGCACGUCUGGGUUCAUUACCAACUACAUGCCGGUGUGGCUUUACCCGAUGUGGUGGAUCGGGUACAAGUUGGUGAAAAAGUCCAAGUUUGUGAGGUCGAACGAGAUGGACUUUGUGACGGGGAUUGCAGAGUUUGAUGUGCAGGAUUACAAGAAUGAGGCAGAGAUGGCGGAGAAGAAGCCUUGGUACAAGCGGGUCUUCAACGUAUUCAUGUAG